AUGGCGCCAGCCUCUUCUGUCCCUGCUUUCAUCGGUGCGGUGAAGGACGAAUAUGAACUGUUUAGCGACAAGUCCUCUGACUAUACCAUCGGUGCUCCAAUUGGAUUUGGCGCAUCUUCCAUUGUCUAUGCAGCAGAGUACUCUUCACAUCCCGGAAAAUGUGUCCCUUGCGCUCUUAAAGUGCUCGAUCUCGACGCGCUGCCGCCUCAUUCUCUUGCUCUAUUGCAACGUGAAACAACUUUGAUGUCUUUGUCUAAACACCCGAACGUGCUACGGGUUCGUGGGUCGUGGCUGGACAACCAUAAAUUGUUCAUUGCAUUGCGUCUUAUGAAUCGAGGAAGCGCUGCUGAUAUCAUGCGGUAUGGUUGGCCGGGCGGCAUGGAAGAGGACGUCAUUCGUUGUAUUCUUGAACAAGCCCUGCAAGGUCUCAACUAUCUGCACGUGAAUGGAUUUAUCCAUCGAGACGUCAAGGCAGCGAACCUCCUUGUCGACGACGACGGAACAGUCCUACUCGGCGAUCUUGGUGUGGCCGCAGACCUAACCGAGGAUACCUCGAAAAGCCCAUCUUCCCAUAAGCGACCUGGUAUCGUCAGUGCAGAAGCAGCGGUCAGAUUCCAACAUAGUGGAAGUAGUGCCCAUAGUGCAAAACGCAUCUCAUUCGAAGCUCAAACCACCGGAACCCGACCCAAGGUAGGCAAGCGCAAGUCAUUCGUCGGCACACCUUGUUGGAUGGCCCCUGAAGUAAUCGAGGCUCGACACUACGAUUCAUCCGCCGAUAUUUGGAGUUUUGGUAUUACUGCGCUCGAGUUAGCUCAAGGACGCCCACCUCGGUCCAGAGAAUCCCCUCAAAAAGUCCUAUUAAAAAUCAUUCAGGAAGCUCCGCCAACUUUGGAUCGAGAAGGCGGCACCCACAAAUAUUCUCGCAGCUUCAAAGAACUUGUCGAUAGUUGUUUAGUCAAGGACCCAGUCAAACGGCCCACGGCGCACGAACUCUUGCAAAGUCCCUUCUUCAAAUCAACGAAGAAGAAGUCUUAUCUUGUCAAUGCUAUUCUGAAGGAUCUCCCGCCGCUCACCCACCGGCAAGAACGACGAAUCAUUCGUGGUGGCUCGCUCCAUGGCACUAUCGAUUCGUGGGACUUUGGGGCUACCACAAUUAAUUCCCCCCAUUCCGCCCGGAACACGUGGCUUGACCAGUCAGAAUCCAGACAAGGCGAAGUCUUCGAACUCGAAGAUGAAAAACAUCCCAAAAGACGCUCUCACCCUGGCGAACCAGCAUCAGUUCCAGAGGAACAGGACAGCGAAGCCGAGCCAGAAAUUUACCCAUCUCCUGACAUUGCAAGACGCGUGUCUCCGAUAAUCGCUCCACCGAAUGAGGUUAAUGUUGUGCCGUUGUCCAAGACGAAUCCAAUGCCGAUGCCCAAGCCCAAGAUGUCGGAAUCGCUAGGCUCUUCACUAUCAUCGAGUGCCACAUCGUCGUCACUGUCACACUCUCCAAGCAGCGGUCUAUCUUCUAGUCUUUCUUCAUCGCGAUCUUCGAAUGGGAUAUGGAAGAAAAUAAAAGGUGCAGCUGGUCUUCGGUCCUCACAGAUCAAAGACGCAACAAUUGUAGUCCGCGGAAAGUAG